UGUCUCUAGCUUGUUGGAGAAAUGGGGAAGCAAAUAAAAUCCAAGAAAACAGAGAACUUGGGUAAAGGGAAGGUCACUCCCGUCCAAAUUGCCUUCAUCGUCGACCGAUAUCUCUCCGACCACAACUACACCCAAACUCGUUCUACCUACCGAACCGAAGCCUCACAUCUCAUCGCCGAUUCUCCAGUUCAAGAGGCACCGAAGAGUUUGUUGAGUUUAGGGGCAAUGUUGGAUGAGUACAUUUGUUUGAAGGAGCAGAAGGUUAUGUUCGAUCAAGAAAAGUUCAAAUUGGAACAAGAGAAAUUUCAGGUCCAGACACUGUUGCGUGGUAUGCAAGAUGUGAUGAAUGCUUACAAUGCUGGCGGAAGCAGCAAUCCUCUGCCGCCUAGGGUUUCGAGUACGGCCCCAAAACCAUCUGCUAUGCUUCCCAAGAAUGACCAAACUGUUGGGUCCCCUGCAGGUCUGAUGUACAGCACUCCAGUUAUGAUGACUGCAUCUAGGCCCUCAUGCACUCGUAUGGAUCCUGCCAAUUUCUCCACUCCAGUGACAAAUCACCCAAUUUUGAAGAGACUAAAUGAUUCAAAAGAUGUUCCAUAUGCUCCUGUAACUGCGAAGAGACCUCGUGGUCACUUAAAAGGGAACCGGUUGCUUGCUAAAGGAACUGGCAUUCUUUCACAAUCAAGUAAUAUAGCCAAUAAUCAAGAAAAUGCUUUGCCAUUGUGUGCAGUCCAAUCAAUAUCCCGUGAUAAUGUACCUAAAGGUUCACCAGUUCAAGGAUCCAGUGUUGCCAAGUGUUUGUUCAACCAGCCUAGUCAAUCCCCUCCAACUAAUUCAUCUGGUCCUAAGACCCCUCCCCUUGAAACUUCCUCUCAAACUAACAAAUCUGUUUCUCCACUGGAAGUAAUUUCCGGUGCUACUUCCAGUAACAAUGUCAGUACCCCCCAGCAUGUUAUCUCCACUAAUUGCACCCAAAUCUCCUCGAAGGCAAUUAGGGUGAGCCCUGUCAAACAAAUAGCUUACCAUUCCAUUGAGAGAAAUCAUUGCAUUUCUUCAUCACCAGUCAAGACAAGCUUGAAGAGGAUUGGCAAGAGAGAUCAUGUAAAAGGAAAGCUAGAUUUUGAUGGUUCUGACAUGCCAAAAAACUCAGAAAACCCAUUUAAUGCUGGGGUUACAAUAUCUCAAUCCAAUGAAGAAGUGGAUAUUUUUGACUUUGAUUUGCCUAAUUUAGAUGCUUUGGGUGUGGAUUUUUCCCUCGCUGAGUUGUUGGUUGAUUUUGAUCUUGACGGUCAAGGAACUGAUUAUUCUUGCAAACCAGCCUUGGGUUCUCCUGACUCCAUUUCAGGGUCCCCAAACAAAUUAGGGGAUAUUGAAAUGGCGGCAAAUCAAGUUUUAUCUGAGUUUUCUUCAACUGCAACAGAAACUCUUUCAGAGAAAGACAUGAAUAUACAAGACCCAAAUUCUAUGACCUCUCCGAAGUCCAUAACAAAAUGCAUUAAGAUUUUAAGUCCUGUGAAAAAUCGAACAAGCUCUCCUCCAGAUCAGGAGAAUUUAUGUGCAAGAAACUGACUGGUUUAACAAUAAUGUUCCCUUUUAUGCUGACAUGGUACCAGUACAGUACUUACCAAUAGAAUUUACAAGUCUGUGUUAACAAUAAUGUUCAUGGUAUGGGUACAGUACACUACUUUACAUUAAUGUUUACAAGUAUGUUCAACGUUUUGAAAAAAUUGCCUGAACUAACAUUUGUUCACUAAUUUCCAUCAGAUUACCUAUUAGUUUCAUACCAGAAAAACUUUGUAUGGUGUCUGCCUGUCUGGUGGAAACUUAUACCUGUCAAAGCAUACUCAUCUGAUGACUUGUCUUUAAUGAAUUAAUAUUUCUGUUC